ACAAUCUAGAAAUGUUAUGUUGCUCCAUCUGUCUGGAUCUACGGAAGGAUCCUGUUACUUUUCCCUUCAGACACAGCUGUAUGCAACGUCAUCUUAGUUUGACUUCCAUCCAAACCACAUCCUCUGUAGACACAGAGUUUCACAGCCCAGUAGGAAGCCACUCCCUCAAUGAAACAGAAAAUAAUCUGACAAACUGUUGCUCAACUUUCGGGUGAAAGCACCAAAAUGGCUGACAAUCAGGAACUGUUCUGUUGCUCCAUCUGUCUGGAUCUACUGCAGGAUCCGGUGACUACUGCCUGUGGACACAGUUACUGUAUGGGCUGUAUUAAAGAAAGCUGGGAUCAGGAUGUUCUGAAAGGUGUCUACAGAUGUCCACAGUGCAGACAGACCUUCACUCCAAGGCCUACUCUGAAGAGAAACACCGUGCUGGCGGAAGUGUUGGAGAAUUUGAAAAUGGCAGAUUUCCAAGGUACCACUCCUGCACACUGUUAUGCUAAACCUGAAUAUGUGGAGUGUGAUGUCUGCACUAGGAAAAAACUCAAAGCUGUCAAGUCCUGUCUGGUGUGUCUGACCUCUUACUGUGAGACUCAUCUCCAGCCUCACUACUAUGUGCCCCCACUAAAGAAGCAUAAGCUUGUCAAUGCAGUGACAGAUCUACAGGAGAAGAUUUGCCCUCAUCAUGACAAACUGCUGGAGGUUUACUGUCGUACCGAUCAGAAGUGUAUCUGUCUGCUGUGUGUGAUGGAUGAACAUAAAGGCCAUGAUACAGUGUCAGCUGCAGCAGAGAGGACUGAGAAACAGCAACAGUUGGGAGAAACACAGGAGGAAGGGAAGCAGAGAGCCCAGAGGAGAGAGAAGGAGGUGCAGGAGCUGAGACAGGCUGUAGAUGCCAUUAAGGAGUCUUCAUGGGUAGCCGUGGAUGACUUUGAGAGAAUGUGUACCAUGCACGUCCUUUCAUAUAUCCGCUCCAUUGAGAGAAAGCGUUCUGAGGUGAAGGAGCAGAUCAAGGCCCAGGAGACGGCUGGAGUGAGUCAGGCUGAAGGACUUCUGAAGCAACUGGAGCAGGAGGUUUCUGAGUUAAAGAGGAGAGAUUCUGAGCUGGAGCAGCUGUCACACACAGAGGAUCACAUCCAUUUCCUCCAGAGUAUCGAUUCUCUCUGUGACCCUCCUGGACCAAAGGCAUUUCCUAGCAGUUUGGAAGCAGUGAAGAAAUUUGUCUCUGAACAGAAAGAGCGAAUGGAAAAUACAUGCAAGGAGGAAACCGACAAGAUCUUGAGUUGUCUUGAAAAAAAAAUGUUGACAAAUCCAUCUUCACCACCUGUGCAAGAGUACAGCACGAGAAGUGGAUUUUUGAAAAACUAUCGCACCAUGGAAGUGGAUCCCAACACAGCAUGUGCAACUCUCUCUCUGUCGAACAGAAACAAGGAGAUAGCAUGGAGUGACAAGGCCCAGGCCUAUUCAGACCAUCUAGACAGGUUUACUUACUAUCACCAGGCUCUGUGCAAAGAGGGUCUGUCUGAAACCUGCUACUGGGAGGUAGAGUGGAGCGGGGGGAUCGUUGAUGUGGCAGUCUCAUACAGAGGGAUCAGCAGGAAAGGUUGGGGCAAUGACUGUUGUUUUGGACACAAUGAUCAGUCCUGGAGUUUGGUCUGCUCUCCCUCCAGUUGUUCAUUCUGGCACAAUAAUAACUACAAAACCAACAUCCCUGUCCCCCGCGCCUCCAGAGUAGGAGUGUACCUGGACCACAAGGCAGGUACUCUGUCCUUCUACAGUGUCUCUGACACAAUGACCCUCCUCCACAGAGUCCAGACCACAUUCACUCAGCCCCUCUAUCCUGGGUUUGGAGUUGAUUUAGGAUCAUCUCUAAAGAUAUGCCACCUGCCAGUAUGACAAUGCUCUAACAACACUCAAACCCCUCCUAACAUGUUAUGGUCCUGGUACAGCAACCCUAGGCUUGCUCUACUGGCAUUUCUACUCACUUUAUUUUUGUUAAAUAUGCUGUGCCAGAUCCUUUUGUAAAAAGCAUUGCACUGUUAAAAAAGGAGUGCCGAUAUUUUGGUUAAGGGUUUGUAAGCAUUUCAUGGCGCAUGUGACAAAUACAAUUUUAUUUAUUUCGAUUUUUUAUUCCAUUUUAAUUUCAGCUCGUCUAUAUUAGUAGUGUCGUGGCUGAAUCAGAAUUAGUUAGGUAACAUAGAUAAAUAAGAUGUUUUAUCUUAUUCUUGUCAUUAGAAUGUCUUCUUUUGGACUAUACUGUUGGCAGUUAUCCCUUCUCAGCUAAGGCUUAGUCACUUGGGGCCCAGAGAGGGGAGAGGUCAGGCUUGUCUUCAUAUGUCAAUGUAUCUGUUAAACCUUGUGA